AUGCCCGAGUACUUCAGCCGAAACCCUGAAAGUUGGAGUGUUCUCGACUUUUUGAAUGAGUGUACCCUAGAACCGUUCGAUCUAAAAAUAGAUUUUUACAUAAAAUCCCUCUUAGUAAUAAUUAAUUCUCAUAAAAGUAGUGUGCAGGAAAGAGAAAGCGCACAAGUGCUUUUUGAUAAAUACAAAAAGGCAAGUAAAAUUCUUGGAAGGCUAUUAGCUGAUCCAACACUGGACCCAUUGGGACACAGAAUUUUCAUUCAUAAGGAUCCUAAACCUGAUCGAACAAAAGCAAUGGAAUGGGAAAAGAAGCGCACGCAGAAACAAGUUCACAUCCAAAACGCGGGGACUGUAAUAAAUGAAAUAAAUGGUGGAACAUUUGAAAAUAUAAACGGUGAGAUAAAACCUAUGUCAAAAGAAAAGGAUCAUAAUGAGUCCGACGAUGAUUUCAUGCCUGCCCGUAUACCAAAGCGGAAAAAGCAGUUAUCUCUUUCAAAAAAGGUUAGGAUAUUGAUAAGGUCUUACGUUGCAAUGAAUUUUAUGCAACCAUUUUUUAAUGAUUUAUUACAUCUACAGAAUAAAGAGUCGGCCAAAACCACGAAAGACACGCCAUCCUCAUCAUCAUCACAAGGAGUACCAAGACGAUCAUCAACACCAGAAGUACCAAUACCAUCACCAUCACAAGGAGCACCGAACGCAUUAUCAUCACCAGGAGUACCAAAACCAUUAUCAUCAACAGAAAGUGCAAGGUCUAGCACGGAAAUGACUAGCAGUAUAAACGAAAAUAAUAGUCCCGAGUAUGAUGGGCCACGUACUCCGCCUCAUCGAAUUUUUUCGUAUGAUACUUCAUCAGGUGCUUCCGUAUGUAAAGAACAUGGUUCUAAAGAUGAUACUUCCGAAGAUGAUCUCCUAAUGAAAUCCCCUGUUGAUAUCACCGUCGAUUGCAAACUAAUUGUCAAGAAUAUGUGUGUUAGAUCAAAAAUGGAGCAAUGGCGUCGCUCAUCAAGACACGUUGAAGAAAUACAUAAACAAGACCUAAUGCGUUAUAAUAUUCUUGAUACGGCCAGAUCUUCUGCAACAGAAGCACGAAAUCUCUUCGGGAAGCAUUGGGGUGAUAUUAUUGGAACAAUAGAAGAAUUUUUAACGUCUAGCCCCGAUGCAACAUCAUUAGCUCCAGAAUCUGCUUCCACUUUAGCUUCGAUUGACCAGAACAUAGAACAAGAUGGAAGGGCAGAUGAUGUCAAACAAUAUGUAAAAAGUAUAUUGAAAAAUGUGAAUACCGCGGAAAAAUUACGUGAUGUAAUCAGAAUAGAGUGUGAAAAGCUACGGGAAAAUGGAAAUACAAUAUGGAGGAAACGGGUUUUAGACUUGCUAUAG